CAUGCUGAAAUGGCUCUUCAAGCUUCGCGAGCACUAGAAUCUGCUGAAACCACAGUCAAGUCAAAGAGUGUUGAGCUUCCAUCUACUCUCUCAAAGGCAAAAAUCAUAAUCCCACACUCAAAUGUGGAGUACUAGAGCCAUGUUGGAAAUAUUAUCAGACAGAUUUUAUUCAACAACAUUUAAAAGCGAAGCUUAAAGGAUCCUUUAAAUCGUGCAAAGAUGGCCGUGGCUUUGAAAGCGGCUGUCUCUAAAUUCGUAUCGUCUCUUUUUCCGUCAAAAUCACCACCACGGCACCCACCAACCAACGUCGUCACGUCCCUGAAGCUACCCAAGACCGGAGCAACUGAGUUGGCCCCUUUAGUCGCCGGUCAUGAUGAUAUUGCAGCGGUGGUGUGGCCUUCACUGGCUAACGCAAACAUUUUUUACUAUUACAAUGUUCAUAUAAAUGUGGAUGACGAUGAUCCCGAGGAGAAGACGCUGAAACGCUUCAGAAGUGCGGUCUUGAGAGCUGGUAUUAUUCAAGAGUGCAAAAGAAGAAGAUUCUUUGAGAGUGAUCGUGACAAGAAGAAACGAAAAGCAAGAUCUGCUGCUCAAAGGAAUCGAAAAAGACGCCCGCGACCAAAAACCCCGGUGAAAGACGAAGCCCCUAAGAAGAACAAAGAUGAUGAAGAAGACGAUAACUGGGAGGUUCCUGAAGGUGACAUUCCCUAUUGUAACUUUUAAGAACCAAACCACACCCGUGAAAUACUACUAAUUUUGGUUUUAUAAACAAAAGAAUGUUUCUGUUAUCUUGAAGAACACUCUCCUGAUAGUUCAAAGAUCAAUGACAUGAAAUUUUAGCUGCUUUGUUGGUUUUA